AUGGCUGGAGGAAAGAAAUCCAUUAUAGCCAAGAAACUUGUGACUGAACCACUAACAAAGUUUGCCGAACUUGGUAAAGAUGGUGACCCUGAGACUCACUCUCAGCUCAAGCACCAUGUUGAAGUGUCAACAGACGAAGAGGAAGACGAAGAGGAAGACGAAGAGGAAGACGAAGAGGAAGACGAAGAGGAAGACGAAGAGGAAGACGAAGAGGAAGACGAAGAGGAAGACGAAGAGGAAGACGAAGAGGAAGACGAAGAGGAAGACGAAGAGGAAGACGAAGAGGAAGACGAAGAGGAAGACGAAGAGGAAGACGAAGAGGAAGACGAAGAGGAAGACGAAGAGGAAGACGAAGAGGAAGACGAAGAGGAAGACGAAGAGGAAGACGAAGAGGAAGACGAAGAGGAAGACGAAGAGGAAGACGAAGAGGAAGACGAAGAGGAAGACGAAGAGGAAGACGAAGAGGAAGACGAAGAGGAAGACGAAGAGGAAGACGAAGAGGAAGACGAAGAGGAAGACGAAGAGGAAGACGAAGAGGAAGACGAAGAGGAAGACGAAGAGGAAGACGAAGAGGAAGACGAAGAGGAAGACGAAGAGGAAGACGAAGAGGAAGACGAAGAGGAAGACGAAGAGGAAGACGAAGAGGAAGACGAAGAGGAAGACGAAGAGGAAGACGAAGAGGAAGACGAAGAGGAAGACGAAGAGGAAGACGAAGAGGAAGACGAAGAGGAAGACGAAGAGGAAGACGAAGAGGAAGACGAAGAGGAAGACGAAGAGGAAGACGAAGAGGAAGACGAAGAGGAAGACGAAGAGGAAGACGAAGAGGAAGACGAAGAGGAAGACGAAGAGGAAGACGAAGAGGAAGACGAAGAGGAAGACGAAGAGGAAGACGAAGAGGAAGACGAAGAGGAAGACGAAGAGGAAGACGAAGAGGAAGACGAAGAGGAAGACGAAGAGGAAGACGAAGAGGAAGACGAAGAGGAAGACGAAGAGGAAGACGAAGAGGAAGACGAAGAGGAAGACGAAGAGGAAGACGAAGAGGAAGACGAAGAGGAAGACGAAGAGGAAGACGAAGAGGAAGACGAAGAGGAAGACGAAGAGGAAGACGAAGAGGAAGACGAAGAGGAAGACGAAGAGGAAGACGAAGAGGAAGACGAAGAGGAAGACGAAGAGGAAGACGAAGAGGAAGACGAAGAGGAAGACGAAGAGGAAGACGAAGAGGAAGACGAAGAGGAAGACGAAGAGGAAGACGAAGAGGAAGACGAAGAGGAAGACGAAGAGGAAGACGAAGAGGAAGACGAAGAGGAAGACGAAGAGGAAGACGAAGAGGAAGACGAAGAGGAAGACGAAGAGGAAGACGAAGAGGAAGACGAAGAGGAAGACGAAGAGGAAGACGAAGAGGAAGACAGGUGGAGGAAGAGGCAGACAGGUGGAGGAAGAGGCAGACAGGUGGAGGAAGAGGCAGACAGGUGGAGGAAGAGGAAGACAGGUGGAGGAAGAGGAAGACAGGUGGAGGAAGAGGGAGACAGGUGGAGGAAGAGGGAGACAGGUGGAGGAAGAGGGAGACAGGUGGAGGAAGAGGGAGACAGGUGGAGGAGGAAGAGAGAAGGAAGAGGAAGAGAGAAGGAAGAGGAAGAGAGAAGGAAGAGGAAGAGAGAAGGAAGAGGAAGAGAGAAGGAAGAGGAAGAGAGAAGGAAGAGGAAGAGAGAAGGAAGAGGAAGAGAGAAGGAAGAGGAAGAGAGAAGGAAGAGGAAGAGAGAAGGAAGAGGAAGAGAGAAGGAAGAGGAAGAGAGAAGGAAGAGGAAGAGAGAAGGAAGAGGAUGGUUAUAG